AUGAAGAAGGAGAGGACAGAUGAGGACAAGGAGUCCCCUGGGCAGCAGAAGUUGUACCCGAACCUCAGUGUCCAUUUGGUGUCUGGAGACCCUGCUCGCUGCCUGGGCUGCAGGGUCCGCGGUCCAUCUCACGCCCCGUCUCCCCGCGCAGGGCUGGCCAAGGAAUGCGAGGAGGACCAGUUCCGGUGCCAGAACGGGCGCUGCAUCCCCUCUGUGUGGAGAUGCGACGAGGACGAUGACUGCUCGGACAACAGCGACGAGGACGACUGCCCCAAGAAGACUUGUAUGGACACCGACUUCACCUGUGACAACGGCCACUGCAUCCCCGAGCGGUGGAAGUGUGACGGCGAAGAGGAGUGUUCUGAUGGCUCCGAUGAGUUCCAGGCCACCUGCCCCAAGCAGGUGUGUCCUGCAGAGAAGCUGAGCUGCGGACCCACCAGCCACAAGUGUGUGCCCGCCUCGUGGCGCUGCGACGGGGAGAAGGACUGCGAGAGUGGAGCGGACGAGGCCGGCUGUGCCACCUCCCUGGGGACCUGCCGCGGAGACGAGUUCCAGUGUGGGGACGGAGCCUGUGUCCCUGCAGUCAAGCGCUGUGACCAGGAGCAGGACUGCCCGGACGGGAGUGACGAAGCUGGCUGCCUCAUGGCUCUACCAGCACCUCAGGGAAACAGGAGGAGGCCCAGGGGGCUGAAUGAGUGUCUGCACAACAACGGCGGCUGCUCCCACAUCUGCAAUGACCUCAAGGUCGGCUUUGAGUGCACCUGCCCAGCAGGCUACCGGCUCCUGGACCAGAAGACCUGUGGCGACAUAGAUGAGUGCGAGGACCCAGACGCCUGCAGCCAGAUCUGUGUCAAUUACAAGGGCUACUUUAAGUGCGAGUGCCACCCUGGCUACGAGAUGGACACGCUGACCAAGAACUGCAAGGCUGUUGCUGGCAGGAGCCCGUCCCUAAUCUUCACCAACCGGCACGAGGUGCGGAGGAUAGACCUGGUGAAGCGGGACUACUCACGCCUCAUCCCCAUGCUCAAGAACGUCGUGGCGCUAGACGUCGAAGUGGCCACCAAUCGUAUCUACUGGUGUGACCUCUCUUACCGCAAGAUCUAUAGCGCGUACAUGGACAAGGCCAGCGACCCGGCAGAGCAGGAGGUCCUCAUCGACGAGCAGCUGCACUCUCCAGAGGGCCUGGCGGUGGACUGGGUCCAUAAGCACAUCUACUGGACCGACUCGGGCAACAAGACCAUCUCAGUGGCCACAGUCGAUGGCAGCCGCCGACGCACUCUUUUCAGCCACGACCUCAGUGAGCCCCGGGCCAUCGCCGUCGACCCCCUGCGAGGGUUCAUGUAUUGGUCUGACUGGGGGUACCAGGCCAAGAUUGAGAAGUCUGGGCUCAACGGUGCGGACCGGCACACACUGGUGUCAGACGAUAUCGAGUGGCCCAACGGAAUCACCCUGGAUCUGCUGAGCCAGCGCUUGUACUGGGUCGACUCCAAGCUGCACCAGCUGUCCAGCAUCGACUUCAGCGGCGGCCACAGAAAGAUGCUGAUUUCCUCCCCCCACUUCCUGGGCCACCCUUUUGGGGUGGCUGUGUUUGAGGACAAGGUGUUCUGGACAGACCUGGAGAACGAGGCCAUUUUCAGUGCAAAUCGGCUCACUGGCCUGGAAAUCUCCGUCCUGGCUGAGAACCUCAAUAACCCGCACGACAUCGUCAUCUUCCAUGAGCUGAAGCAGCCGAGAGCUGGAGAUGCCUGCGAGCUGAGUGCCCUGCCCAGCGGCGGCUGCGAGUACCUGUGCCUGCCUGCUCCUCAGCUCUCCAGCCACUCUCCCAAGUACACGUGCGCCUGUCCCGACACCAUGUGGCUGGGCCCCGACAUGAAGAGGUGUUACCGAGCUCCUCAAUCUACCUCAACUACAGCGUUAGCCUCUACCACAGUGAGGACGGAAGCUGACUCUGCGAGAGGGCCUGGGACCGCCAUCCACAGCCCCACCCACCAGAACCACAGCACAGAGAUGCCGCGCCUGGCAGCUGCAGCCCCAAGCUCAGUCACUGUUCCCAGGGCUUCCAGCAUCGGCCCGUCUACCCCAAGCCCUGCAACCAGCAACCACUCCCAGCACUACGGGAACGAAGGCGGCAACACGGGUUCCACGGUCACUGCUGCUGUCAUUGGGACCAUUGUGCCCAUGGGUGAGUAUGGCCCCAGGUCACUGGGAGAAAAGAGAGACCUUGCCCGGGGUCUGGGGAAAAGCGCACUUAGCAAGCACUUAAAAGGACAGAGUGCUUAGCAUGCUGACCUGCCCCUUGACCUUUUUCUGCCCUGGCAGCCUUCCUGCCCAUCUCCCAGUCCUGGUUUAAUUUGGUUUCUUAGUUUGGCACCACAAGGCCCUUUAGGACGUAACCCCAGGCAACCACCCAGAUGCAUCCCCCACUCCCCUCUCAUUCACACUCUGCAUCCAACCAUGGGAGCUGCACUGUAGGCGCCGUGGGACAGGGGUGGCACCUCUCAUGCUCGCCCCUCUCCCCAGCUCCCAGCAGUGUCUGGCACACAGUAGGAAAUAAAAUAUGUAUUGAAUUAAUGAGGAGAGAUGCUUGCCAUUGCUUUAAUCGUGCCAUCUUGCUUUCUUUCUGUUUGGUUUUCAACAAACAUUGAGCGAGCAGCUACAAUGUACCAGACUCUGACAAGGGGAGGGAAGGUGGUUGAAAGUGGAUAACACAUGGUUCCUGCCCUCCAAGUUUAUAAUCUUGUUGGAGAGACACACUUAACACAGAUAAUUUGAUUAUGACAUGGUAAGUCCUAUAAUUAAGCCAUAUGUGGUUCAGGAGAAGUGCCAAGGAAGCAUUUAACUUAGAACUGGGAGAGAAGAGGAGCAGGCAGGGAAGGUUUCCUAGUGGAAGUUAUAUGUGAACUGAGUCAGCCAAGUGAAGAAGGAUCAAGAGCAACCCAAGCAGUGAAGAAACCAUGAGCUGAACCAGGAAUGAAGUUCCUGGUUCAGGAAGUAGGAGUUCAGUAUGGCCAGAAUAUGUAACAUUUUGUUAGAUCUCACAAAGAACCCAGGGGUUGAUUCAUUCCCUCCCACCGCGGUGAUCACGGAGUAUCCUGUGCAUCCUGUCUCUCAUACCUGUGUCAUCUCUCAGCAGGAUCUUCAGGUUGGGACUGUCCGUUCAUAGGUUUAUCUCUUAUUGCCCAUGAGUAGUACCUCAAGGACUUGGCCCCCUUAACCUGGGAACCCCAAUUUGGUAGUGAAUUAGGGAGUGAAUGCUUUAAAAAAUUCUAUACCGAGCAAGGGUCUGUGCCAAGGGCCAAGGAUCCAAGGAAGAAAAAGAGACUUUAAGAGCUUUCAGUCCUUAAUCAGACUUAGUCAUUAAAGAGUGGUUACACACGCGGUAUUAAAAAUGUGCUGUAACUGAGGCAUGGUGCCAGUGGGGGAGAGGGAUGGCGCUUCUGGAGAAGAUGGCAUUUGAAUUGGCCUUGAAUGGGUUCAGCCGUAGGAUGGUGUUGAGGCUACUCGCGCCU